UAAUUUUAAAAUUCAAAUGGUUAUAUUUAAAAUUUAUAUUUAUACUAUUUAAUUUUAUUUAAUGUUUGAUGUUAUCCGACGCGCAUCUUGAUGGGGCAUGCUACCAGAUUUUCUGAUGGUUUUGCAGCCAAGGCGUUGUUGGACUCUUUUGCUGCCCGAGCUUAAUACAAAUCUGAGCCUCUAUUUUCUCUAUUCAUCUUGGAUUUGUUUUAUAUUUAGGGCGUGUUUGGUAUGAAGGAUGGUCCUUGGUCCUGAGCCGGGGGUCUAUCGGAAACAGCCUUUCUACCCCCGUCGGGGUAGUGGUAUGGACUGUGUACAUUUUACCCUCCCCAGACCCCACUAUGUGGAAAUAUACUGGGGAUUCUUCUCUUAGAGAUUUGAGGGCAAAUUCAGGAGAGCUCUCAAGGAUUGGAAGCAACAAUGAAAUUCUGAAUUCACUGAUCAAACAAGAAAGAGAGGCUGAUAAUAGUCAACAAAUUGGCAAAGAUAAUGAUGAGAAUGCAGCACCGAGGUUUCAAAGUGGAGUGCUGCGAACCAACUGCAUUGAUUGCUUGGACCGAACAAAUGUCGCCCAGUAUGCUUAUGGUCUUGAAGCUUUAGGUCGCCAACUCCAUGCUAUGGGCUUGACUGAUCAACCUAAAGUGGAUGCUGACAGUAGCAUUGCUGCUGCUCUCAUGGAUAUGUACCAGGGUAUGGGUGAUGCUCUUGCUCAACAAUAUGGUGGCUCGGCUGCUCACAACACCGUGUUUCCGGAGAGGCAGGGCAAGUGGAAAGCUACAACUCAGUCGAGGGAAUUCCUCAAGUCUAUCAAGCGAUAUUACAGCAAUGCAUAUACAGAUGGUGAAAAACAAGAUGCAAUUAACUUAUUCUUGGGAUAUUUCCAGCCUCGGGAAGGGAAACCCGCACUUUGGGAGCUGGAUUCUGACUAUUAUCUUCAUGUAUCUGGCAUAGGAGACGAUCUUAUCCCAGAUUAUGGUUUGUCAUUUGAUGGCAGUGCUGUUGGACAAGGAACCACACUAGUCCCUGUUCCAGCAUGCAGGGAGGAUUUCUUGCGCAUGAAGUUGACAUCAUUUGACAAGUUGCUUGAAAGAACAUGCUGCCAUAUUAAGAAUGUACGGCUCUGUAGUGAAACUGAUAAAAAAUCAGGGAAUUCUGGAGUGGCACCUGAUGCUGCGUAAGUGUUAGCUGUAGUUUAACAUAUAACUUAGUUUGGCGCUUCGUUUUCAACGUUUGUUUUCUGUAGUUUCCAUUUACAUGCUGGGAGAAUUAUAAUCGCAGCUUCUAUCUUUGUACAUUAAAAUAUUUGCCCUUAAAAUCAUGAGUUAUAACUAACAUGGCAUCUGUCAAUAAUGUGUCCGGAGAUACAAAUUGGCAUCGUGCCAACAAACAUUUAACUUAGUUCUCUCCUUCAUGCUCAUUAUAUUGAAAAAAUUCUGAGUCUUCAAUGUUGAGAUGCCUUCUGGGUCGAUUCUUAAUUUUUUUGUAAUCUCAUUUCUCUUCUUUGAGUUGAAGGGACAUGCUUAGAUGGUAAAACAAUGAAAUGAGGUGUACCUUUUUCUUUUUACCCAUCUUGCUUCGUCUCCCUCCAUAGUUUCUUUAUUAUU